AUGAGCACACGAGCCAUGUCUGAAGGUACACAUAGCUAUUCCAUCAAAAGCGAAACGCUGGUUAGCAACUGCAAUCGUUCAGAGGAGUCAACAGAGGAUUCAGUUCGUCUUUCCGGUACGGAGGCACACAGAUCUGGAGAUCUCGUCAAAAUUUUAACUCAACAUUUUGAGCCUGAAGAUGCCAUCCGAAUGAAUGCCAAUAUGGAAAAAACAGAAACGUUCCGAUCCGGUCACGAAAGUGCUCCAAAUCGCUCUAUUAUCUCUCGAAUUUUUACCAACAAACCGAACGGUGGCAUAGACUUACCACCAGAUGGAGGUUACGGCUGGAUAUGCUGCAUAUGCGUUACACUUAUUAUGUUUUCAACGUGGGGUGCUAAUUGCGCUUUCGGAGUUUACCUCGCAUACUAUUUCAACAAUGGAGUUUUCGAAGGGGCCUCCAAGUACGAUUAUGCGCUGGUAGCCGGGAUGACUGUAGCCUUUGGACAGGGCAUGGCACCUAUGGCCUUAUUUCUGACACGUGUUAUGGGAUGCAAGGGCCCCAUGUACAUUGGCAUUACGUUCAUGUUUCUAGGCCUCCUUUUGGCAACAUUCGCAACUAAACUCUGGCAGUUAUACCUCACACAAGGCGUGCUGAUUGGUAUUUCAAAUGCGUUACUUUAUGCACCUGCAACUACAAUUUUGCCUGGGUGGUUCCUCAAGAAGAGGUCGUUGGCGCUUGGAUUCUCGCUUACGGGAACUGGUGCUGGCGGUGUGACUUAUUCAAUGACUGUCAGCAAGCUCAUUCAAGAAACUGGUGAUCAACGUUGGCCGCUUCGUGUGAUGGCUAUUGCAUGCACUCUCACAAGUAUAGUAGCCACUCUCUUACUUCGGCAAAAAAACCCAAUUCAACCGUGUGGUUAUAAAUCCUGGACCGCAAUCAAGGAGCAAUUCCACAUUAUUUUUUCCAUGCGUGUUGCAACUAUGUACAAUGUUGAGCUGGUAGCUGUCUGGUUCGCAUUCGCCUUGUUUGGGUACAACUUGAUGGUUUUCACUCUUUCGCCUUACGCUGUUGCCAAAGGUCUGUCACCCGACCAGGCUGCCCUUUUAACGACUUGUCUUAACGCAGCACAGUGUGUGGGUAGACCUUCCAUGGGCUACCUUGGAGACAGAUUUGGCCGAAUAAAUAUAACGGUGACGCUAACCACCGUCUUAACUAUUUUCACGUUCGCAUUCUGGCUCACCUGCCAUAACUUUGUCCAGCUAUUGUUUUUUUCUAUCUGCAUAGGGUCCUGUGUCGGAGUUGCUAACGUCAUGAGUACGGUGUUGAUCGCAGAUAGCGUUCAUUCCGAAGAUUUCCUGCCGGCUUGGAGUUUCGUCAAUUCGCUUGGAUCGCCAUUUUUGCUGGUCUGCGAAGUGAUCGCGCAGUCCCUUACUAAUCCCACCAACCGGGCUAAUCCAUACCUCCAUACUCAAGUAUUUGCCGGGUUAUGCUUUUUUUGCGCGCUAAUGCUUAUACUUUUGUUGCGCGAAAUAAGUGUACGAUUGAAACUAGAAACAACCGUUCGAAGUAGGCCAUCAAGCAUCGGUGUCUACGAGAGUGAUUCCGACCAGCAAGCCGCUCAUUCCGAGCUUGAUGAAAAGCACAGCAUGCAUACUGCCUUGCUUGAAAAGGGUCCUCGACGCUUUCUAGAGCGCAUGUUCCACGUCACCAAAGUAUGA